AGGGAUGGCGCAGGGAAUCUAGGGACAUUGUUUUUCCUUCACAUUUGAUGUUAUUUAUUUUAUUUGUUUUUCUGUGUAAGCAGCACCCCUACCGGCCUGCCCCGCCUGCGCCCACUUGAACCAGUCAGAGUUCCGAGUGUAAAUAAACACUGGGUUUGUGCCGUGUCGAGGCAAGUGCGGUUUUUUUAUUUCAUCGUGUGAUCGUCUUAGGGUUGCAUGGCCACUGCGGUAUGGCAGCAAGUUUUAGCGCUGGACGCCAGAUACAAUGCCUACAGAUCGCCAAAUGAUCCCAACUUCAGAACACUCUACAUCAGGAGGCGAAGUCAGCUACUUCGGGAAUCACAGAAAGCUGAGCACGAAUGUGUGACCUUCCGCAAGCAAUACCUGCGUCUGCGGAGUCAACUCUUGGCUCAAAGAUAUGGCUUGGCUCUCGAGCAGUCAAGCAACCGCAGCAGGAGCAUGGGCGGUCGGAGCAACAGCAGGGUGACCCUCGAGACGUCCGAUUCCGCCGAGAGCCGUCUGCAAGCCAGUGGCGAGAGCUGUCGCAAAGGCCCCACUUCGAACCGGCGGCCGUCCGUAGCCGACGAAGGCCUCGUUCCGACGUACGCCGCCGACGCGAGCAGGGCCAUUGUGGGGGGAACGAGCAUCUCGGAGAACUACGCCUUUGCGGGUGUCCACCACAUCUUCGACCAGCACGGCGACGCCGUGACUUGCGUGAAGUUUGCCAACAACGAGAAGCACUUGCUGGCCUGCUGCUCGAUGGACGGUAGCCUCUCCGUCUGCCGCCUGGACCCUCCACGUGUCCUCUUCCACCUCAAGGGGCACCGCGCCGGGGUGUCUGCCUUUGAGUGGUCCCUGUCCAACGACCUGCUGGUGUCCAGCUCCCUGGACGGGACGGUCAAGCUGUGGGAUGCUACGUCCGGAGGCUGCGUCCGCACGGUGCCGGACCCCGGGGGGGCAGCCAUCUUGUCCUGCCUUUUCCAGCCAGCCAACAACAACAUGGUCGUCACCGGAAACAUCAAGGGCCUUGUGCAGGUGUUGAACGUCUCCACCGGAAUCUACCUGAAGGGUGGGAGCAGUCAGACGACGGGCUGCGUGCUCUGCAUGACCUUCGACCCCACGGGGAAGCUUCUCUGGGCGGGAGACGACAGGGGUUACAUUGUGUCCUACCUGUUCGACCUCGCCACCGGAAAGCUGACCAAGGGGAAACGCCUGCUGGUGUGGGACCAGUGCCCCAUCACGUGUCUGUCGGCCCGCCACUGGGCAAGCCGCGAGGCCAGGAACCCGUCCCUGCUUGCCAACUGCGGGCUCGCCAAUGCCCUCGUCCUGUACAGCGUCCAGGGUGCAGAUGGCAGCCUGCUGCUCAAACGCAAGUUCAACGUGAAGCACCGUGGCCGCACCCCCGUCCGUAGCUCCUUCUGCCCCAUCAUGUCCUUCCGCCAGGGUGCCUGCGUAGUGACGGGCAGCGAGGACCAGUGCGUCAACUUCUUUGACGUGGAGCGGGCAAAGCCGCUGGUCAACAAGCUCCAGGGCCACUCGGCGGCAGUCCUCGACGUCUGCUUCAACUAUGACGAGUCGCUGCUCGCGUCCAGUGAUGCGCAGGGCAUGGUCAUCCUCUGGAAGCGAUCGUCCGCCUAAUCGGCAGUUGGGCGCGCCCUGUUGCCUGCAUACCGGUGCCUGCACUCAAAUCUCUCGCAGGUGACUAUUUCGAAGAGCGAAAGUCAAGCUGUGCAAAACCUGUACUUUUCUCAUGCAUGGAAAAUGCUAUUAGUAAUAUUGUUUGGUAAUAUUUGUAAAUGGUUGACUGCCAUUUUUUUUUUUUAAAUUUCAAUGCUACACUUUACAAAGUAGACCCUCCACCGAAUCUGCUUUGACAUUCCAGCAUUCACGACAAGACACAUUUGGCGAUUACGUAAAGAUAAUUUUUUUUUUUGUCUUUUGAGAGUGUACAGAUUUGUCGCAACCACUCCGGUGCCUAAAUUUUUGUAUGUAUAAAUGGGAGCAUGCCCUCCAAAUAAAAGAGGAAGUAAAAUUGUAA